GCGCCCCCCGCCCCCUCCCGGCCUUGCAAGCGGCGGAGACUAGGAGAGGCCAGGAUUGGGCGCCCGUGCGUGAUGACGCACGUGCGGGCGAAGGCGUGGGGAAGACGCAGGCGGGCCGUAGAGAGCACAUGUUACAGUAAUCCUGGGAAGGAGGUAUUAUUCCUAAUUUAAAGUGAAGAAGUUGAAUUUCAGACAGUUUAAGUAAUUUGCCUAGAUCACAGGACUGGUUCAGCAGUCUGUAAACCUCCCUAGAUUCCUAAAACCUGACCACGUUUUCCUCUCACUGGGUUGAUAUCUAACCAUGCAGCGGAGAUCAAGAGGAAUUAAUACUGGGCUUAUUCUGCUCCUUUCUCAAAUCUUCCAUGUUGGGAUCAACAAUAUUCCACCUGUCACCCUAGCAACUUUGGCUCUCAACAUCUGGCUCUUCUUGAAUCCUCUGAAGUCGCUGUAUAACUCCUGCCUUAGCGUGGAGAAGUGUUACCAGCAAAAAGACUGGCAGCGCUUACUGCUCUCCCCGUUCCACCAUGCAGACGACUGGCAUUUGUAUUUCAAUAUGGCAUCCAUGCUAUGGAAAGGAAUAAAUCUGGAAAGAAGACUAGGAAGUAAAUGGUUUGCCUACAUCAUCAUCACAUUCUCCCUACUCACUGGGGUGGUGUACCUGUUCUUGGAAUUUGCUCUUGCAGAAUUUAUGGAUGAACCUGACUUCAGAAGGAACUGUGCUGUAGGUUUCUCAGGAGUUUUGUUUGCUUUGAAAGUUCUUAACAACCAUUAUUGCCCUGGAGGCUUUGUCAACGUUUUGGGCUUUCCUGUACCCAACAAAUUUGCUUGUUGGGCAGAACUUGUGGCUAUUCAUUUCAUCUCGCCAGGGACUUCCUUCGCCGGGCAUCUGGCCGGGAUUCUUGUUGGACUAAUGUACACGCACGGGCCUCUGAAGAAAAUCAUGGAAACGUGUGCAGGCAUGUUUUCCUCCAAUGUUGCUUAUCCAGAACAGCGAUACUACUUUAAUAGUUCAGGCUACUCUGGAUAUCAGGAUUCUUACCCAUAUGGCAGGCCAGGUCACUAUGCAGAAGUACCCAGGAACUAUGAUGUGUACACAGCAGGACUUAGUGAAGAGGAACAGCUGGAGAGAGCAUUAAGAGCCAGCCUUUGGGACCGAGGAAAUGGAAGAAGUAGCCCCUCGCCCUAUGGGUUCCGUCUCUCACCAGAAGAAGAAAUGAGGAGACAACGGCUUCACAGAUUUGACGGCCAGUGAGGUGGCACAGCAUCUCAGGCAAAUAAGACCCAGUCGUGUGAUUAUUGCCCGAUUGGUUUAUUCCCCAAGCCCCUACUUGGUCUUAAACAAAAGCAGAGUGCACUAUUAUCGUCCCAGAUUGCUCACAUCUGCCUUGGCUGCUGUGAAUCUAGAUUCACAAGCACAUUGACUUAUCUUGAAAGCAGACUUGUUGAAUGUAGCUCACAGCUCUCUGGGAGCGGCCCUUCUCCUGGCCUCUUCUCUCUCACAAACAGGUCAGUUGCUCCACGUAGGGACCAGUUUCCAUGCUCUAGUCUCUCCCUGCCAACUCAGCGGUGCCUCUGCCUUGUUUUGGUUUGAAAGACUGUGACCUUCAGCAGGAGGUUCGUUUUCACCAGCCCGGAAGAUCAGGCCCUCAUUCUGCCCGGCGUGCCCAAUGUUUGACUUGGCAGGAAGUGCCAUCCCUCAUCCUCCUGGCACGUUGCCAUGGUGACUUUCCAGGAAUGGGUUGUGGCCACCAUAGCAGUAUGCUGUUUGAGUCUCCCGUUGGCCCCUGCGUCUGGGUGGUGUUGACAGCGUACCAGCUUUGCUCCUAUAUUGCUCUUCCUUUAAAAAAGCUCGAGCAAGACCUCAGGUGGGAAAGCCACCUACACGCGCCAUUAGAUGUCAGGUGGCACCAACAAUUUGGGCUCACAGCAGCCCUUCCAGGGGCAAUAUACGUUCUCGGGGAUGUGACUUGUGUUAAUCAGGAAAGCAGCAGCAGGUGCCACAUGCAGAGUGGAGCAGUGGCGUGCAGUGGGUUGGUCACUGAGAAAUGCUUCUUGAGGAAGUAUUUUUUUCCUCAUAAAAGUGCCUUUUAAAUGGCCACUGUGACAGCCACUUGUCCUGCCCAAGUGUCCAGGACACUCCCCUGACUCCUGCUGUGUUAUAACCCACAGACCGUCCAGGUCACUUAAGGUGCCUCGUGGUGCUUGUGUUUCGUGAAUAAAAUGACCAAGUCAGAUAUCACUGAUGUCUUAUUGUCACUGAGAUAUUUAUUUUUAAAGAGACUUGGAAGCAGAAAAGGAUCUUCCUAUUUUGAUUUAUCUAGCAUUUAUAUUUAGUUUUCUGAUUAUGAAAGUACUAUAUGUGCCUUAUACGUGCACACAGCUAACAUCUGGAAGGAAAUAUACCCAUAUGUUAAUGGCAGUUAUUUUGGGAGUAGAGAACAUAGGAUUUUGCUUGCUGUCUUUUUACAAUUUUAUACUGCAGUCUUUUAAAAAUAUGUGUAUGUGUAUGUACUUGUAUUACUUCCGCAAUCAGGAAAACUGAUUUAUAUAAUAAUAAAUCAAGAAAUCUAUAAUCAGGAAAAUGGACUUAAUAAGUACUGUCUCCAUUGAGAAAAUUCACAAUAUAAACAGAAAUACAAAUAAAUACGUGUACAAUUUUAAAAUCACUUCUAUUCCCACCACUUACAGGUGCCCAGGGUUAACAUUUUGGGGCAUUGCUUUCUCAGGUUUCUUUGUAUACAUUUGACAAAUUUGGAGCAUACGAACUAUGCAGUUGUGUAUCCAGUUCCUAACCUGAACUGACCUGGGAGAAGCGUUGCCACCUGCAUAUAAAUGAGCUAAGAAACCACUUGCAUCCUGGGAACGCUUUGACCUGCCGGCUGGCACCAUGAUACCUGAGCUCCUUGGGUUAAUUUAUAAUUGAUGUAAAGCUACAGCUUGUUUCUCAUAUGAAUCGUAUCUGUGAGUCUGGUAACUUUAAACGUGUUUAAAUUAAUAUGUUCAAGCUAAAUGUCAUUCCUCUCUCCCCCAAACUCUACAAAUUUGACCCCAAUCCUCCCCAUUAGAAGUAACCUCAUUCUUACACGCCAUCUUCUCCAAGUAUUGAAAAGGUAAUUCUGUGGUGACACUUAUAUCUUGCCCUUAUUAUUAUUUGUGCACAGCUACACAAAGACGUGCCUUCUACACUGGAGUGUGGCUUAUGCAUGGCCCUGGGAUGAGGCCUGUGUCUUAUCUUUCUACACUUUCCUCCUCUCCCCCUUCACCAACCCAAAGGCUGGCCCUGGGUGCUGGGAGGGACUCAUUAAAUGUUUUUCCAACCAUUGUUUCUUCAAUUGCAUUAAAAGUUCAACCACUAUAUAUGGGAGUAUUUUUUCUUUUUAUUGCUACUGUGUCCAAUAAUAGAAGCUCCUUGCUCUAUUUGACAUGUCAGAUACAAGGACAUCAGAAUUGGAUUUUGGAUGGUAUAACUAGAAUAUAUACACCUUCUUUAUGGAGUGGAACAUGACUAAACUUUUAGAGAUGUGGGAAAGACCACUUUAGUUAUAAAUAUAAACCAGUUAUCUUAGCACAACAGUAAAGAUGUUCUGGAAAUUAUUAUAAUUACUUUGUUCAGUUAAUAGGCUUGCCUGUAACCAGUGCUUAUUAUUUUCCAUGUCUGUCUUGGUUUUUUCCUACAAUAAAGAAUCUCCAAAGUUA